UUGGUGAAGAAAGGAAGCAAAGGAAGAGAUGGCCAUUGGACAAUUCUCUUGUACCUACACAGAGGAUUACAUAGAAAUGGAUAUAAGUUCCUCUUCCAAUUUCCGUUAUUCUCUGAACUCUCCGCCUCAACCGAGAGAGUUCGAGUUCCAAAUGAAUGCGGUUUCACUUGGAAGAGAAACCGCGAUUUCCCCGGCCGACGAGCUUUUCUACAAGGGAAAGCUUCUUCCCCUUCAUCUCCCACCUCGAAUUCAAAUGGUCCAAAAACUCAUUCAAAACUCCAACGCUCACCAUGAAACCGAACCUUGCUUUGAAGAGAACUUCCAAAUCUCCUUCAUCUCGACCUCCUCCGUGUCCUCUACUAAUGCAAGUAUUUAUACCCCUCAUAAGUCCUUUAAUUUUUCGCCUGCCGAGUCGUGCAGGUUCAGUUUUGAGCUAAAACCUGUUGACCAUUGGACGAAUGCUGAAAUGGGAAGCUGCCAAGAGCUUAAACAGAAUAGGCAGUCCUCUUUGUUUCGUACGCUUAAGGCCUCGCGAGCAUACAUCCGGUCCCUCUUCAAUAAGUCUGCCUGUACAGACGAGUCCUGCGCAAAACUAGCGGAAAAUAGGCCGAAAAGAAAAGAAUUCGGCUCUAAAAGAGACCAUGUUACAGCUACAUUAGUUGACAAGGACAGAGUUAGAAGACAGAGGAGAGCCUCAUUCUCUGCUAGUAAACCUUCCUGUCCAUCCUCCGUAUCUUCCUCCGGUUCUUCCUCGUUAUCGUCUUCUUCCUCUUUGUGCUCGUCAAACGGGAUGUUUGAUCCACAAGUUCUUAAGAGAUGCAACAGCGCAAGCUCGGAGAUGGCACGUUCCAUCGAAGGAGCUAUAGCUCACUGUAAGCAUUCUCAUUUUGUAUAAUUUCACUCAAGGAAAACCCAAACCAAUGCUGAAGAACUCUGCAAGAAUCACAAACUGAUGGCAAUGAGAGUUUAUAAAAAAGGCAAGAGAGAAAGAACUACGCGAAGGAUUAAAGCUUGGAACUAUCUAGUUUGUUUUCUGGAUGUAAUGAUGUUGUUUUAUAGCUAGCAGUUGCUGUAAGUAAAAGCUCUUUAGUCCUGUCAGUCAGUACUAUUUUGUUCAGUUACUGUAUUCAUUGAUAUCUUCUUUGGCUGAUGUUGUU